UAUUCAUGCUGGAUUAAGUGUGGCUGUCCGUCAGUCGGUGCUGAAAGUGCUCGUGGUUGCUUCUUGCGUAAAUGCGCGCGGGUACAAAGAACCUGGGGACAAUUCUAUUGAUAAUGAGUGCUUCUCCCCAACAUAUUCGUUGAAAGAGGAGAGCGCGCGACUGACCGCGCACUGAUGUCCACUGAAACCAGACAGAAAGGCUGAAAAUUAAUCAUUUUUUCCCCGCAUGGAUAAUGUCUUAAUAUGGUGCCAAAAGUAGUGAUUUCUCGGAAACAGCAUUUCUAUGAAUAACACGCAUCUCGAUUAACCACUUUAUUUCUGUCGCGUUUGCUUUAAGCAUCUUGUCUCUCGAGACCUACAGUUAACCUAGUGACGCCCGCUCUUAAGUUGUGAUUAUUUGUGAAUUAGACCGCCUUGCUGGACAUCGCAGACUGCGCGGUAAAUGAAGGCGCUUAAUUCCGGAUAGUUGUGGAUAUAAAAGAAGAAAACAACUUGGACACAUCGUUAAUUUAUCUUAAAUCGUAUGGCUUGAAGGUUUCAGAUCCAGUCCCUGGCCUCAGCCAAUCACACACAGCCCAUGGAUUUCCUCGCAGAGUAUGCCUACAACGAGUCAUACUAUGGCAACGGGACAGAGUCAGCCAACUCCACGGAGUGCGAGGGGAAGCACCGGUACAACUACUAUGCCAUGCUCCUCACCCUGCUCAUCUUCGUCAUCGUCUUCGGCAACGUGCUGGUGUGCAUGGCGGUCUCCCGGGAGAAGGCUCUGCAGACCACCACCAACUACCUGAUAGUGAGCCUGGCGGUGGCAGAUCUACUGGUGGCCACGCUGGUCAUGCCCUGGGUGGUGUACCUUGAGGUGGUGGGAGAGUGGCGGUUCAGCAGAAUCCACUGUGACAUCUUUGUUACGCUAGAUGUCAUGAUGUGUACUGCUAGCAUCCUGAAUCUCUGUGCCAUUAGCAUUGACAGAUACACAGCUGUUGCCAUGCCAAUGCUGUAUAACACACGCUACAGCUCCAAAAGAAGGGUUACUGUAAUGAUUUCUGUGGUCUGGGUCCUGUCAUUUGCCAUAUCCUGCCCCCUCUUGUUUGGAUUAAAUAAUACAGCCACCCGUGAAGACGCCCUCUGUGUAAUCGCCAACCCCGCCUUCGUGGUGUACUCCUCUAUCGUGUCCUUCUAUGUCCCCUUCAUCAUCACCUUGCUGGUUUACGUACAGAUCUACGUGGUGCUCCGGAAACGGCGGAAACGCGUGAACACCAAGCGCAGCACCCGGAGGACGGAUGCUGACGCUGCCACGAAGGAGAAGUGUACUAACGUGGAGGACGUGAAACUCUGCACUGUGAUUGUCAAGUCGAAUGGCGGCUUCACUCUAAAAAACAAGCAAGUGAUUCUGAUUCAGGAGGCUGUGCAGCACAGUAACCACAUGGAGCUGGACAUGAUGAGCAGCAACAGUCCCCUUGAGAAGAAAAAGCUGGCACCCGAGGCGAGCGGGCAACAUCUCUGCACACCCGGCUCCUCGAACCCGUGCCCGAGCUCGGCGCCCCCGACCCCGGCGGUCAGCCGGGCCAACAGCGAGAACGGCCACGCGAGAGACGCGGACGCUCCCAAGACCGGCAAGGCCUUCGAGACCCAGGCACUGCCCAACGGGAAAACCCGCACCUCCGUCAAGACCCUGAACAAACGGAAGAUCUCUCAGCAGAAAGAGAAGAAAGCCACACAGAUGUUGGCUAUUGUUCUGGGUGUAUUUAUCAUUUGCUGGUUGCCGUUUUUCAUCACGCACAUUUUAAACACUCACUGCACAACCUGCAAGGUCUCCGUGGAGAUGUACAACGCUUUCACUUGGCUGGGAUACGUAAACAGCGCAGUCAACCCCAUCAUAUACACCACUUUCAACGUCGAGUUCAGAAAGGCUUUCAUUAAGAUACUGCACUGCUGAAGAAAAAAAAAUAUUCCUGAAGGGAACAUGGAAAGAGUGAGAGAGACAGAGAGAGAUAAACAGCCAUGCCUUUCCUGACAGCGCCUGCUCCGUUUUUGGAGUUUGGGUUUGUUAGCACGUCUCCAAUGCUUUGUUACCUUCAGUUCGAAGAGGGAGUUCAAGCAAAUCCUUGAAACAGGAGAU